AAUUGUGCGUGUGUUUUGAAAGUAAGGAAGAAGAGGCGAGCAGAACAAAAACUAUAACUGGGAACAUUCGUUAUUGGUUCACAGAUCCUGAGCUUCGACCCGAGUGUCGUCACGUUCAAUGGAGUCAUCAGCCGACGGCAAGCAGAAGAAGGCGGGGGGCCGCCAGUGCUGCAUCUGUCAUGAGAGACGGGCCGCCCUCAAGAGACCCAAAACCCUAGAGCAGAUUUGCAGGGAGUGUUUCUACAAGGUGUUUGAGGAGGAGAUUCAUCAGGUCAUCGUCGAAAACCAGUUAUUUAAGCCUGGUGAGCGCAUUGCCCUCGGUGCCUCCGGCGGCAAAGAUUCCACUGUCCUCGCUUACGUAUUAUCCGAAUUGAAUAGGCGGCACAAUUACGGUCUGGAUCUCUUCCUCUUGUCAGUGGAUGAGGGCAUUACUGGCUACAGGGACGAUUCUCUUGAAACCGUCAAAAGAAAUGAAAUCCAGUAUGGUUUGCCGCUGAAAAUAGUCUCGUACAAGGAUUUGUAUGGGUGGACCAUGGAUGAAAUAGUAAAGAUGAUUGGUCUCAAGAACAAUUGCACCUUCUGUGGUGUUUUUCGUCGUCAGGCCCUUGAUCGUGGCGCUGCACUGUUGAAGGUAGACAAGCUUGCUACUGGACAUAAUGCAGAUGAUAUUGCUGAAACAGUUCUAUUGAACAUUUUACGAGGUGACAUUGCAAGAUUAAGUAGAUGCACUUCAAUUGUCACUGGUGAAGACGGGCCAAUUCCAAGAUGCAAACCUUUUAAAUACACCUAUGAGAAGGAGAUUGUUAUGUAUGCAUAUUUCAAGAGGCUGGACUACUUCUCCACUGAAUGCAUUUAUUCACCCAAUGCGUAUCGUGGUUUUGCUCGUGAGUUCAUCAAGGAUUUAGAAAGAAUCAGACCCAGGGCAAUACUUGACAUCAUCAAAUCAGGGGAGAAUUUCAGAAUUUCAACUUCAACAAAGAUGCCAGAACAGGGGACAUGUGAACGGUGUGGUUACAUUUCCAGUCAGAAAUGGUGCAAGGCCUGUGUUUUGCUUGAGGGGCUGAAUAAGGGUUUGCCAAAGCUGGGAAUUGGCCGGACUCGAGGACUUAAUAACGAUGACAAGAAGGAUGCUAAGGAAAGAAAUGGAACAAAAAGUAUCGAAAGCAAGCAAUGUGGAAGUUUGGAUUUCUGAUUAAAUCUGCAGGAUAUACAGUAUAAAAUCAUGAUAGACAGUAAUGAUAAAGCUAGGUUGGGAUAUUCAUUGCAACUCUUGUAAUGGUUUGGUUUUAGCGUUAUCCGUAGCUUAGCAUAUUUACCCUACGAAUACGAUUAUUUUGUGUAAUUUCCAAUUUUGUCACAAGAUAAAAUCAGCUGCCUCACCACACCAGGCUCACCUUCUGGAGAGAUUUCUUUGUGUGCUGGAAAUACAGUUCGGUGCAUCAAAUGUAAAAUACAAUUGUUGAAAAUUAAAAAAAAAUAAAAAUUCUAUCAAAUGGUAUUAUUACA